UAUGAUCAUGGAUCACUUUUCUGUACACCUACUUUUUCUUAUUGAGGUGAUAGACGUAACAAUUGAUUUGUUAUUCCAUGUAAAAGUAGAUAAUAUGUUUUGCUCGUGUUUCAGGUCACGUUUCAGUUUUAUUUCAAAAUAACUGUUUUUAUUUACAGAUGGCUGACAGCUACAAAAUAGGAAAUGGUUUUCUGUUUAUGAUCGCACUGUGUAUGUUUCUGCUGACCACAGGAAGUCCAGUCCAAAAUCAAUAUCUAUUGAUUUCCGAGGGGAAACAGUUCAAUCCGGAAUUCGAUCAAGAAGAUAGUGCCGACAAUGCACGGAAUGUCGCAAAAAGAUUUGCUCUCCGCGAUACCAACGGAUUAUUUUUAAAUCAUUUUCCGGUGACAAACUCACUUUCAACACCGGUUGUUUCGCAACAUGGAAAUCAUCAACACCACAAUUCCAUUUUGAACAAAUCUCCUUCCACAUCCUCAGCCUUUCGUCAGACACAGAGAGUUAUCGAAUCAAGCCCACCUCAUACCGAAUGGACGGAUGAACAUUAUCAACCGCCGCGACGAAGGAAGGAUGACAACAUGUCCAACGGUCUUCAUGACACAAUCAUUCCCAAGAUAAGUGAAUACAACGAUACCAAGGUAGAUUACGACAGAAAUACUAAAAUUCAAGAAUGGAAGAAUUCGUCAGAUAAGCUAAUGGAUUCCUGGAGUUAUGUGGGUAUUGGUACUACGUCUCCGGCGAAUGUUGCAUAUGUGUCGAGGUCACCAGAUUGGAGUUCCCAGACAACUCCUGUCUUACGGGAGAGUAUGCAGCAUGGGCCGUCCAUAGUGAAAACACGGGUACCGGCCAAAAAACGGACAAUGAUCGGCUACGAUGAGUCAACAAUGUCUCAAAAACACUUCGUUCAGUUAACUGGAGGACAUGUCACAGAAUCCAGUGUAUUUGACACCAGUAAGCAGCCUAAAACUUCCACUUAUCCUACUGAACAUUCAGAAAUUAAAACAGAACCUAUUGUACCUGUGGUGACACCGGUCACAAUGAGACAUGCUGAUGGAGGCUAUGUUAUUGCGCCACACAUGUUUGAGGAAAGUGUGUAUCACAAACCGUCACAGCUCCAUACCCGCACAUUGAUACCGGACAGCUGGAAAACAAUAGAUCAUGGACGAAGGAAUGCUUCAAUAACGGUUUCUGACAGGGGUCAUCCGGAUUACUUGUUACUUAGUAAAAUAACCGAGCCUAGAGGUUAUAUUACAGAGACAUCUCGUUCGGCUGACAGUUAUAUCACACCUGAGUCUGACAGUUAUAUCACACCUGAGUCUGACAGUUAUAUCACACCUGAGUCAGAUCGCCAGAUACCAACAACUGAUACUCCAACAAGUACACGUCCAGAAUACAUGACUUCGCAAGUUGACCAAGUUAACCCUGUUUCCAUUGGUGUUAAGUAUGACACUUCGACUGUAACAAAUUCUUUUAUAGACACAACCUCAAAACAGGAAGUCAUGACAAGCUUGAUGACAGACCUUCCUGAACAAUCUGUUAGUGGUGCCAGUUCUCUUUCAACAACAAGUGUAUACCCGUUUGUUAAAAAUACCACCAGCCAUACACGUGUGAUAAAUUCAGUAAGUAGUUCGAGUGAAUCUCCUGGUAAAUCUCCCGGUAAAUCUCCUGGUAGUAGCAUAAUACAACCAACUUCAACUGCUGAAUAUCGCUUUGACAACAAUACACUAAACCGGGCGAUGUCCACAAGAUUAGAAGACGGAAUUCUUGAACAAACUGAACAUUAUAAUAACUCAACAGACACAACAGGACAAGAUGAAAUUUCUCAGACAACACCGGUUUAUAUUGUGUUGAACACUGAUGCUUUGAUAAGUACUAUCACUCCAGCUUCUAAUCAAACUCAUCAACCAAUCGAAAACGGCUCCAACAUAGUUUUAGGGACUACAAAGGCAAAGAUACAGGUUAGAAAAUAUAUAGCCCCUAAAAGACUGCCUGCCAAAAUGAAAGUAUAUGACAUCAAAGAAAUUCUAGAGGGAAAAACUGAAAAUAAUGUUACGAAUGAAAAAGAAAGAUCACGGAAAUUUAGGAAAAAGAUUCCGAUGAAAGUGUAUGAUAUAACCGACCCAAUUACGAAUAAUGCUGAUAGGACAGCUCCACUCCCUAAGCUGGGUUCUAUAAAUAGCGACACGAGCCAAGGUAGUCUAUCAAGGAAACAUUCGGAAAUUAAAACGAUGAUUUCAAAAUUAAAUGAUAAAAAAGGAUAUUUGAAAGAAAUGUUGACAAAAGACGAUAUCAAACUAAGAAGAGUUGACAAUGCCAAAACUCUCAAUAUUAAUAUCAAAACAGCACUAUCCACUAGACCAGAAAAUACAAAUGACAAAAGUCCAGUUGACUUGCUUACAGCUAAAGGACGUCCAUUAUUAACAAUUUUGAAAAAUCAAGCGAGACCUUUAAAAACAUCUACAAAUCCUGAUAAACUUCUAACUUCUAAACAAAAAGGACGGGGAAGGAAUUCAUUUGGAGAAAGAUUGAGCUCGAUUGAACAACGUGCGAAAACAGACAAAGGUGGCGUGUACAAAACCGAUAUGAAUAACGUCCGAUGGCUUCCGAAACAACAACGCCGCAAAAAAGGCAAGAAAUACCGACAUGAUACCUUGGGAACCACUGAAAAGUCUAGUAAAACCCAAAAACUUACCAGUGAAGGAUCAUACCACGAUCAUAACGUUACAAUACAUACCGGUAAUGACACGUUUUAUAUUACACGUGCGAUAGAGGUCAUCAAAGGACUCAUAGACAAAAUACAGGCUAAACCGAUCGUAAAGGCGAUACCCCGACCGCGGAGACAAAAGUAUUUACUUAUACCUCUCGGCAAUCUGACAUUCACAGAAAUCAAAAAGAAACUACUGGAUUACCAGAUAUACAUGAAAGAAUUUCAAAAUGACCGGUGGUCUGACAAUUCAUUGGCCAGUGAGGUGAAUACAGAAACUUGGAGGCCUAGGAUUCUAGACAGCAGACCAAAACAAUGAUGGACGUAACCUACAAGGGACCUGUUGAUAUUAUCACUAAUGGACGUAUUGAAGCUUGUGUGUAUAUUUAUGUUAUAACACCUAAUCGAAGAUAUCCCCGUACAAAAGAUGUAUGUUACUAAUAUCUCCAUAGAAAACGAAUCGAAUUACAUGCAUUGUUAUGUAUACCAACCAACCCACUGGUCAUAUGAAUACUACGGUAUCAUUUCGCAAAGUAACCAAGCAAAGGCAAAUAUUGGAGUAUCGAUUUGAUUAAAUGGCAUUAAUUAAUAUGUGCCAUAUCAUUACAGAUAUAACCAUUGCAUUGAAGUUUUAAAAUGUACCAAGGCAAAAUAAGAUGGGGAUCUAAAAUAUUAUAAACGUUUAGUUAUUGAAUGAUUAUUCAUUAAUCCUAAGGUUUAAUUUAAAUAGUGACACGGUUCAGAUAUACACACACUGAACGUUUUUUUGAAAUCCAAUUUUGAAAAAAAUUAAAUUCAUUGAAUUUGUUAAGGACAAACAGCUGUAUGGCGCAGUUUGAUACCCAUCUUGGGUAUCUAACAGUAUUUAACUCACAAUUUGUUUUUGAAAGUGCUAAUAUCCCGUGUUUCUUGUACAAAUGCUUGAGAUAUGAGAUAAAGAAAUUGAAGGUUUUUAGAUAUACAUUGUAUAUGCUGUUUUAUCCUGUCAUGAAUGUAAUGUCUUUUAAUAAGAUCGAUGUUUUAUAUACAGUAAUAUCUCAAAAAAGUCUUUAAUGAUUUGUUUUUAUUUUACUGCAAUAUACUGUAAAGUAAAGAAAUCAUCAGUUUACUUUCCACAAAUUUAUUUUAUAUUGUUCCUGGUAUCGUGGUGACAUUUGAUUGGAUAUCGAAUUUACAAACGUGUAACUUUAUAAUGGUAACAUAAUUGAAUUUGCAUAAUUUUGAAAUAUAUAUACAUCACCGCAAAUCGAUCAGUGUAUUAAAGUAUGUAUACCUUACAUUGUUGGUAUCGUUUAUUAUGCCCCGGACCAUAUAUCGAAAUUCUCAUAACACUACAAACGGAAACCAGUUUGUUGUUAUCUAUUUAUUUCACAGAAAAAAAGCAUGGUGGCUGAUUAGUGCGGUUUUUAUUUUUUCGGGGCAGAAAAAGCAAAAUUAAACUAUGUCGCUUUUGCUGUUUCUCGUCUGCACUUUUCGAUUUUUGUGUUUUUAUUAUCGCAGAAAAGCAAAAAUUUGAUAUUAUAAUUUAGUUUCUCGCCUUUUCGCGGUAGAAAAAUGGCACAAAUCACCCACCAUGCAAAAAGCAGUACAAACGAUUACUUGCUCAAAGGGCAAACGAUAAAUAAAACCUUUCAAGUUGUCCGGCCGUUAAAUAGAAUGUGAUGACUCUGGUCGAGUGAUAUGGAGAUGUUAUGAUGUGUUUUGAACUUAGAGUACUCCAUACUGAGAUAUCUGUGAUUCACCCCAGAGUCACGUGAUAUGUCUAAAUGAUGGUAGACAAUGUAACUACAUACUGACCUAUGAUACUAAACCUAUAUAUAGCAUGUUUAAAAUCGUAUGGCAAUUAUUUAUGUCAGUUUGACCUCCCGAGCGGACACCGCUACAAAGGUAUAAACACACUGAUACGGACAUAAGUGGUGUUUUCAUGGCAAGUGUAAAAAUAAACAAAUGUAAAUAAACAGACAAAUUACAAACAAAUAUCAAUAAACAGACAAAUAUAUAAACAAAUGUCCAUAAACAGACAAAUUACAAACAAAUGUCCAUAGACAGACAAAUAUAUAAACAAAUGUCCAUAAACAGUUUGAUGGUGUUUGGUUAUUCAUGCUCCCAAUUUGCUUCCUUGGUUUUACGUUCGAUAUUUUGUCGAUUAUAAACGGUCACCUUUAAUACAAACUCUAUAAUGUAAAUUUCGUCUACUACCUCUAUGAAUCGUAUUGAGAGUGGUUUUAGUCCAUAUAUAGUGUCUCACAGGGACCUGACACGAAUUCCCAGCCAACGGUCCUUAUCACAUGUAAAAUAGUAUCUAGUCAUGGCAUAUAAUACGGACCGUGGGUUUGAAAUUCGUGCCACGUCCAUGUGCAUUGCAUUUAUACUUGACAACCAGCAUGAUAAUGCGAUGAUUGUGAUAGCUGUAUAAAGGGGCGCAACUCUAACAAUGUAAGCUCCGAGGAAGCUGCACGAUGUGUUUUAAAUAUUAUAUUAGUAUACAACAUUAACAAGCUAAAGCUGUAGAUUUUGUCUUUGAUAUGGGGAUAAUUGUAGUGAUUUAAAUGUCAUAUUUGUUUCAUUACACAGUUAACUGUUAAAUACAGGAUUUAUAUUAUUGAAAAGAGAGCGCAAUCCACUUUAAAGGAAAGAAUAUAUUAUUACAAAUCAAAGUAUUUUUAGUUUGAUUAAUAAAAAAGACAUAGAUUUGUUGACUGUAUUUAGAUAAAAUUUAAACGUUAUGUUGAGUGAUUUUAUUGGUUUGUUU